AUGAAGACCUCGCUUUUUCUUUCCCUAAUAUUCUCCUCCCUCAGUGUCCUUGGACAUGGACACAGUCACGACGGUCCUUCUGAUGGCGAGACUCUGCAGGAGUAUGCGCAGAGACACAUGGCCAAGGAGCACCAUAUAGAGUCUUUUGAUUCGAACAGUUUCUUCCAGAUCCACGACCUCGACCGGGAUGGGUACUGGAACAAGGAUGAGAUUCAAGCUAUUUACGGUGUUCAUCAUGUCUAUUCUCAAAAGAAGUCCAAGGAUGACAUAGAGCAUCAGCAAAAGGCCGACCACAUAGUAAAGGUCGUACUCGAAAAGCUUGAUAAGGAUGGGGACGGAAGGGUCACCGCGAGGGAGCUUGCAGACGCCGGGCUUAGCGGUUUGCCAAGUUUCGACGACCUGGGCGCUGAAGGUCACCAUUACGACGUUGAAAGCGAGUUUUUCCUGCACCACGAGGAAGAGUUUCAUAAUACUCCCGAAACUCAAGGUGAUGAAGCAUAUAUUCAUCCGGAAGACAUUGAACACUUUGCCCACCAUGAGGACAUCGAACUUAAAGAAGCGGAGAAGGAGGCGGCUUACCAAGGAAUCACGGUUGAGGAAGUUUUGCGGUCCCACGAGCCCCCUCCCGAAGGUGCACAUCCUGAAGAUCAACACGUCCAAUUGCAAGGCACGGAUCAAGAACCGUUGGCUGCAGCCCAUCCUCAUGACGAGCAACGCGAAAAAGCCACUCCCUUAGCCGAACCUCCCAACCCUAAAAUUACAAGAGUGACGCCGCCGGAAAAGCAAGACCCCGAUGUCAGAUUCCGUGGAGCCAAGUCGGAGGGUGAUAAGAAGGGGGCGUGGGGAUCUGGGGAGGAAGGAUACUUGCCUCCAUCAAAUGCUGGUGACAAAAUGCGUAAAAAUAUGCCCUACAAGAAUCGGAUGCAGUACAAGUUCAAACGCAAUUGGAAUGAUUUCUAG